AUGCAGCAUAUAUAUUCUAACAAUAUGUGUCCAGAACUCAUAACUUGUUUCAACAUGAAGGAUCGAUUGGAGAGAUUCGUACUCCUGCCCUUUGCUGCAGGCUGCAUCUCGGAAUCCAGCAUUCCAGUUGUGAUGCACCAAUCUAAAAGAUCAAAGCAUGAAAAAGUUGAAGAGGGAAAAAAAGACAAGGAAGAGGGAUGUUUGGACAAUGAGAAAAGUUUAUCGGGUCAAAACUGGAAGACCUCCCUCCCAAAAUUCCAGAAGGCGUUCAAGAACUUGUCUCAGUUAUUUGUGUAUAAAGAUGAGCAGGAAGCAGAAACGGGGAUGGAAAUUGGAUUACCGACAGAUGUGAAGCAUGUGAGUCACAUAGGCCUUGAUGGCUGCACGAAUUCAAUCUUUUCAAUGGGCUGGGCUGAACAGGAGUUGAUCGAUCUCCAUUCUUUCCCUCUGUCAGAGCUCGAAUUUGCCAUCAAAGCGCAAGCUGAAACACCCAAGAUAACGAGUUUGCUAGAAACCAAAUGUCAUUCUAAUAAUAAUUCCAUUGCCCAAUGAGAGUGUUACACUGGUACACUGAAAUCUAAAUGUAUGCACCAGCAAAACAGCAUCUUAGUUUCUACCAAUUUUUUUACUUGUUGGCUGUAGUUAUGAUUUGUUGAGUGAAGCUAUUCAAUAGAUACAUAGGAGAGUUAUACAGAAAAAAAUGUAAGACAACUACUGAUGUUUGAUUUUAAUACAAAAGCAUAUAGAGAGAUA